AAAAAUCAAGAGAGUGGAACGCGUUCUUACAAUAAACAUUCAGAAAUAUUUUAACCCCGAAAAAUGGAAAAUUAGAGUCACAGUUUGUAGAAUUUCUAUUGGAUUUGGUAUUUGACAGCAACAAACAAAAAGUGUUAACUCACUCUUCGUACGUGCCGGACACCACGAGUCAUGGACUAACAGUUACAUCAAUAUACUGCACAAACCAAGGACGCCAUCUAGUAAACAAGCUUGACGGUUAAAGUUUAUCAUCUAUCAUCUAUCGUGCAACUCUUUGACUCACAUAACAUAGCGGUAGUGUUUUCGUGUCUGGAAGUCGGAUUUUAAAAAACGUGUCUAUAACUCGGAUUUUGAAAAUUCGUGUGUAAAACUCGGUACUUGCGCGCGCAUCUCGGCAAAAGGGAAUUCCAAAAUGGCGUCCAGAGAUUUGACUAAGGCGAAAGCAAAAUGGUGCGAGCACGCGGAACGAUAUGACGACAUGGUGAAAGAAAUGACGUCAUUAAUUAGUCUGUCGUCAAAAGACGAGCCGUUGGACGAGGAAGAGCGGAACCUGUUGUCGGUGGCGUACAAGAACGUUGUCGGCAGCCGGCGGUCGUCUUGGCGAGUCUUAAACGCUAAGCUCGGCGAGGACCUAAAAGACCGACAAAAGGUUGUCUGCGAGACGAUGAAGCGUCGCGUGGAGACCGAGCUACAGACGCUGUGCGGCGACAUCCUGAAACUGCUCAACGAGAAUCUCAUCCCCAAUCCCGAGAACGUGGCUGCCAAGAUAUUCUUUCUGAAGAUGAAAGGUGAUUACCACAGAUACAUGGUGGAGAUCUGCAGUGAGACCGCUCCCCAUCGAGCGGCUCUAAUCAAGAACGCUGAGAACGCCUACCAAGAAGCUCUAGAUAUCGCCAACGAUAAACUGCCGCCGACCAGCCCAAUUAGGCUCGGACUCGCUCUCAAUUACAGUGUGUUCUUUUACGAAAUCAAGGCUUCUCCGACGGAGGCUUGUGAUUUAGCGAAGAAGUCGUUUGAUGAAGCGAUUGAGGGACUGGAAGGGGUCCCGGAAGACGUGUACAAGGACAGCACGCUGAUCAUGCAGCUGCUUAGGGACAAUCUUACGCUGUGGAAGUCUGAACUAGAGGAUGACGAAGAGGAACAAGAAGACAAUUAGUGUGAUGUGUUGUUGGUGUGUUUGAUGAGUAGCUAUGGUCGUAUUACAUUUUGCAUUGCGUGAAUGGAAAUGCAAUUGAUAUGGUCGAAUUGCAUUUUUUCAUUGCGAAAACGAGCUUGCAAUUGAUGUGGUCGUGGUACAUUUUUCAUUGCGUACAUAAACGUUCAAUUCAUACUGUUUUUUUCAAUGCGUACAUUUUAAUUGCAAUCGAUAUGAUCGUAUUUCGUUUUUUUGAAACGUAAAUGGACUAUGCAAUUCAUAUGGUCGUAUUUUAUUUUUAUUGCGUACACGAACUUGCAAUUUAUAUGGUCGGUUUACAUUUUUCAUCGCACACAUUAAUUUGCAAUGUAUAUGGUCUUAUUAUAUUUUCAUUGAUUACAUGCACUUGCAAUUGAAUGUUCAAUGUCUGAGUUCUCUUCGUGUUCUAAUAAAACUUAGAUGGACGUU